UGGGGUGCCCGGGCUGUUUCCGGCAGGCCCGGAAGGGAAGCGCUUGGCGGGGCGGAGAUGGCGGCGCCCGCGGUACCGGUCACCGUGACCGUCAGUUACAGUAAUGAAAAACACACUAUUCAGAUUUCAUCUCACGAGGAAGAUAGUGAACCAACACUACAAGACAUGGCUCUGCUUAUUGAACAAGUCACUGGAGUUCCAGUUCCUUUUCAGAAACUGAUAUGUAAAGGAAAAUCCCUGAAGGAAAUGGAACAGCCAUUAUCAGCUCUUGGAGUUAAAAAUGGUUGUAAAGUCAUGCUGAUUGGGAAAAGAAAUAGUCCAGAGGAAGAGGUGGAAUUAAAGAAAUUAAAAGAUUUGGAGAAGUCAGUGGAGCAAAUUGCUAACAAAUUAGAGGAAGUUAAUAAAGAGUUCACAGGCAUACAAAAGGGCUUUCUGGCAAAAGAUCUUCAAGCUGAAGCUCUUAACCACCUGGACAAGAGGGUAAAAGGAACUGUUGAGCAGUUUAUGAAGAUCCUGGAACAGAUAGAUUCCAUUAAUCUUCCAGAGAAUUUCAGUGACUGCAAACUGAAAAAAAAAGGAUUGGUGAAAAAGGUUCAGGCUUUUCUUGCCCAGUGUGAUACUGUUGAAGGAAGUAUUGGUCAAGAAAUGGAUAAGCUACAAUCAAAGAACUUGGCUCUGGCAGAAUGAGGCAUCACUCUUGAUAAAUAGGAGAAAUAAUUGCUCUGUGAGCAAGAAGAGGAGUUUGCUCUUUGUUUUGGAGCACAUAUUCAGCUAUUUGGUGGUUUUUUUUUAAGCCCAGUCUGUUUAGACUGGUACUAGUCACUCAUUACUUGCUGGUUGUCACAUUUACCACUCAUUCAAAGCUAUUCUUUUCAAAAGAAAACAAUCCUUCCUGAAGAAAAAAAGUCUUUGUGAUGGGUGGUGAUGCAUGUUUUAGUUAACUAAAUACUGUAGCACAUUAUACAGUUCCAAGAGGUGGGCAAGUUUGGAUCAUUAUAUUCUUUUUACAAAGACAUUUUUUUAAAUUAAGUUUUUCUCAAUUCUUAUCUUUUCCAUUAUGUCUUCACAAUUAUUUGCAGCUCAAGAAGUUUGAAAACCGUACAAGAGCAUAUGUUGCAGUUGUAGGACUUUAACUUGACUGAAAAAGCAGGUUUAUACAAUAGUUGGGACAUCUAGCAUUCGAAUAGAACAUUUAGAGCAAUAAAUAGUAUCCUGCAUCUGUACCAGUUUAAUACUUGUAUGUGUUCAUAAGCAUAGGAAAACUUGACUACAGUGGAGGUUGUAACUAUUUUAGCCUUAAACUAUCAAAAUAAAUGGAAUGUACUGUAACAUGUAUGGUACUUAAUUUAACUGUUUAAUUUUCAGUGAAUGCAUUGGCACUUUUUUCUUGAUACGUAUUUUGUUAUACUGUGUACACAGCGUGUAUUUGUUUUCUGUAGUAUACUUUUCCUUUGAGUAAUGGUGUGAAAUGCAACUGGAUAAUUCAUGUUGCUUAUAUAAGAAGUGGGCAGUCCAAUCAAGCUCUGAAAAUGGUGCUAUUUUAUCAGAGUAUUUUUGACUGUUUCACUGAUUUGCUGUAUUUUAGAGAAAAUUGCAAGUAAUUAUCUCUGUUCCCUUUGGAGUUAGUGGAUGAAUAUUUAUUAAUCUAAUGUCUAUUAUAAAGUAAAAUUGUAUAACAAUUUUUUAAAAAUAUUCUGCCACUGAUAGCAUCUCUUUAACAAGAGUUGCCAUUUCACUGCUAUUUCUACUUGGAAGUCCUGUGUGACAUGUGGCAGUUUGUGACCAAGAAAGCAUUUAUCAACAAGCACUUGAUCUGGUGGCAAACAAGCUCCCUUAACUCUCACUGGAUUCUGUGAAAGUUAAGGGUGUUCUGCAUUGCUUGCCAGAUGAGAGCAUGAGAAUCUCUGAGUUUUACGACUGUUUUAAGGUAAGUUCUCUUUACCAGAAAAAAAAAUUAAAAUAUAAGCAUUGAACAUAUUUCAGUUAUGUUAAAUAAUUCCUAAUAAAAUAAGAUCUCAAAAUAGUGAUAGUCCUCCAAUAUUUCUCAUACAGUCAUAAUCAGAGGAAAAUUGUUAGUGUCACAAUCUGUUAGCAGAUGGGCAAUAUGGCACUUCUGUAUCUUUUUAACAGUUAGUAGUUUGUUAUAAAGUUUUUUAAAAUGUUAUAUUAUACCAAAUAUAAUUAGAUGAAGUGAACAUAUUUUUCAGUUACAUUGCAUUUUUCUGUUAAAUUGCAGUAUUCCUUUAAGGUUUUAUCAGUUUACCAUAGUACACUCACUUAUGAUAGUCUGUAAAAUCUGCAGUAGACUGAAACUUGACGGAUAAGCUCUUGAUUUGAAAUGAAUGUAUUUUGUUUUUCAUUACUAAUCUUUAGAAAGCUGUUUUUAAGAUAGGAAGUAAUUAUAUUUUCUGGUUACUGUGAUAGCAUUCAGGGCUAGCAGUAUGGUCAUGCUGCCAUAUUUGCUUGGGACUGCAAUGCUAUGGAGAGGAGCAGACCUGUAUUCAUUUCAGUGAUGCUCCGAUUCAGUAUAGCCAGUGUUGCUUCUGGGACAGAUCCUGCUACCAUUGAAAUCAAUGGCAAAACUACCAAUGAAUUCAGUGGGUGCAGGAUCAAACUCUUUUAUCAAGUGAGGAAUUAGUCCUCACCUGCUCUAAACAUAAUCAUGAUUUUAAUUUAGUAAACUUUUAGGGGUUCAUGUAAUAGAGAUCGAUUUCCCUUUUUGAGCAGAACUGGGCUGGGCAGGGUUAGAUAUAAAUGCUGUUCCUUAGUAGUUCUUCAUCCUUGGGAUGUAAGUGACUAGUUGACUGAUAAGCAAAUGCUUAUCCGAUAGUUGACUCAACUAGUCACUCCCCCCCAUUAGAGACAGGCAGCAAGGAGGGAGAGAGGGAAGCAGAAUCUGGUGCUGUGCGGAGCCGGCUUAAAAGCCAUUUCCCCCCAACACUGUCUCUGUGAGGAAAAGGGGAGGGGAUGCAAUGGGGAACUAGCAGCACUUCUGCAUUUGAAACAUAGCAAGAUCAGAAGCACUGUGGGGAGCCUGGGGCAAGCUGGGGACUCACAGUCCCCUGCUGGCCUGUUCUCCCUGCUUUUGAAAUGUACAAGAGCCCCAGGAGGUGCAUGCCAAAACUAACAACAUUCUUUGAGCUACAGAACCUCAGAAUUAUAGAAUCUCUUGCUCCUAAACGUCUGAGUAACUUAAAAUAUCAAACUUUUAGUGGUGUUCUUUAUGACCCAACUUCUGCUGCUAGUAUAGUGGUGUUAAUCUGUAAUAAUUCUUUUGACUUCAUUGGAGUUAUUCUCAAUUUGCAUUGGCCCAUGGGACAGUACAGAAUUUGGCUGGAUAUUUUUAUUUCAGUUAUUGAGCUACAGUAAAUGAAGGAGGGAAAUAAAAUUAAAUAUGGAAAAUACAAUAAA